AUGUCCUCCACGACGAAGCCCGAACCCGAAGCAGCGGCAGUUCAACGCCAGCAAAAGGUCAGAUGGUACCGGUCCACCUUUUACAACAUGACCAUUCUCGGUCUGUGUAACUUCGCGGCGCCAGGAAUAUGGGGUGCAAUGAACUCCCUCGGCGGCGGCGGCGCGCAAAAGCCGUACCUGGUCAACACGGCCAACGCACUGACAUUCUGCCUCAUGGUUGUCUCGUGCUGGGUAUCAAGCGCGCUCGUUCACUACAUUGGUAUCAAGGGCGCCCUGAUAUUCGGAACGCUCGGAUACGCCCCCUACGCAGCCGGGCUUUACACAAACAACAGAUUCGGGACAGAGUGGCUCGUCAUCCUGGGCGCAGCGCUCUGCGGCCUCUCCGCCGGCGUGUUUUGGAUGGCCGAGGCCGCCAUCGCCAUUGCCUAUCCCGAGCCGUGGAAUCAGGGCAAGGCCCUGGGCUACUGGCUGACGUAUCGGCUUGCCGGGCAGGUUCUCGGCGGCGCCAUCAACCUGGGGCUCAACGCGGACAAGGACGAGGCCGGAAAGGUCUCGUAUACCGUCUUCUUGAUCUUUAUUGCGCUGCAGGCUUCGGGUCCCCUCGUGGCCUUGCUGCUCAACCAGCCCCAUCAGGUAGAGCGCAAGGAUGGGAAAAAGGUCGACCUGUCCAUUCUCGACAACCCUGGGAGGGAAAUACUCCGCACGACCAAGCUGUUUUUCAGCAAGCAGUUUCUUCUUAUAGUGCUCUUCAUUGGCCAGGCUGUGUUUGCAGAGGCCGUCUUCUUUACUUACCUGUCUCUCACCAAGUUCCGAAAUACGCAGCCGACGUACGACUGGUCCAGCCCAGGAUUCGCGGCUGCAUUCUUGGUCUUUGUCUUUCUUACUCUCGGCUUCCAACUAAACUACCUCUUUCUGUACUUUAUCAUUCAGAAUAUUUCCACAGAUAAUAGCGAGGUUGUUCGCUAUGCGGCGCUUCUUCGAGGGACGGAAUCGGCUUGGCAAGCCGUCAGCUAUGGCUUGUCGUCCAUUACCAUAAUCGCCCAAGUUGGUGGCGUAUAUAUCAACUUUGCGCUGUGGGCUGUAUCCAUUGUGCCAGCUUGGCUCGUUAUCCGACAUUUUGGAACCGAGGAAAAAGCUUCGAGUCAUGGUUCUGAUGAAGAUGGGGGGAACGAGUGA